AUGUCUGACCAGGAUUUGAGGAACGCAAUUCUCCGGCUCACUGAACUGGUAGCUAGCCAACAAGAGCAGAUUCAACUUCUCAACCGAACCGGUCAAGCCAACCAACCGGGAAGUGAGAAAAUCAUCGAAUCGUUGGCCACGGGAAUUGAAGACUUCUACUACGAUCCUGACGGUGGAGUGUUUUUCGAUGCAUGGUUCGCGCGCUACGAGGAUAUCUUCAAGGUUGACGGCAAGAAUCUGGACGAUCCGGCGAAGGUGAGGCUACUCUUGAGGAAGAUCGGCACCAAGUUCCAUGAGCGGUACGUAAACAGUAUCCUGCCAAAGCAUCCCCGCGAUUUCGGCCUGGACGACACGGUGAAGAAACUUAAGAAGCUUUUUGGCCGCCAAACCUCGCUGUUUAACGAUCGCUACCGUUGUCUACAAUAUGUCAAGAACGAAGCCGACGAUUUUUCAAACAUCCGAACUCGAUUGAUCGGUAAGUUAGAAGCUGAAGAACAUGCUCCGCCAGCAGACGGCACGAAGCUCACACUGGAAAAUCUCGCCGAGGAGUGCCAUCGGUUGAACAAUCUGAAGCAGGACACCAAGAUGGUAGAGAAGCCCGUUCCGGAAAAAUCCGUCGUCAACGCCGUUUCUACCAAGCCUGCUAAGAAGAAGCAACCGAAAUCUCCGUGCUGCUGUAGCAAGUGCAAACGGAAGGGGCAUAAAGAAGGUUACUGUUCAUCCGUGGAAUCAAAACCGAAGUCUGCAAAGAAAUUCGAAAAACCGAAAUCCAAGGAAUAUGUGAAGUCCAAAGGAAUUUCGGUGAAACGCAUCGAUCUCCAAGGGAAGAGGAAAUACGUUACCGUCGGAUUCAAUGGCAAUGAUUCUGUUCUCCAGUUGGAUUGCGCUUCCGAUAUCACGAUCAUUUCUACGCAAACCUGGAAGGCGAUUGGAAAACCAGCCAUCAGCGAAACCGAAAUCACCGCCAUCAGCGCUUCCGGAAAUAAGAUCGACAUGACUGGAGACUCGCUGGUUAAUGCUAUCCAUCAUAAACCGGAAGACACUGAGCAAAAGCUGCGUACGAAGUUUCCUGAAGUGUUCCAGAGUACACUAGGCCGGUGCACCAAAGCGAAGGUUAAACUCUACCUGAAGCCCGACGUCCGUCCAGUGUACUGUCCAAAGAGACCAGUUGCAUACGCUGCCCUUCCAAAGGUGGAUGCCGAACUUCAACGUCUUCAAGACAAGGGAAUAAUCUCACCAGUGAAGUUUUCCGACUGGGCAACCUCAAUAGUCGUGAUCCGGAAGUCAGACAACGUUUCCGUCCGUAUCUGCGGCGACUAUUCUACAGGGUUGAACAACGCACUAGAUUCAGAUGCCCAUCCGCUUCCGCAUCCAGAUGAUGUUUUUGCUGAUCUGGCUGGUUGCCGGUAUUUCUCCCAACUCGAUCUAUCUGAUGCGUACCUGCAAGUCGAGGUUGAGGAGGAAUCUCAGAAGUAUCUAACGAUCAACACUCAUCGUGGACUGUUCAAAUACAACCGUCUGCCGCCUGGAAUCAAGUCCGCUCCUGCUGCGUUCCAAAGGGUUAUCGAUAGCAUGGUCGCUGGUAUUCCUGGAGUGAAACCGUAUCUGGAUGACAUCAUGAUUGCCGGUAGGACAAAGGAAGAACACGAUCGCAGCCUCCAUGAAGUUCUGGAACGGAUCAAGACGUACGGUUUUCAUCUGAGGAUCGAAAAAUGUCGAUUUGGCCUAUCGCAAAUCAAGUUUCUAGGUCAUAUAAUCGACAAAGGCGACUUACGACCUGAUCCAGCGAAGACUACCGCAAUUUCGCAGAUGCCAGCUCCAAUGAACAUAUCACAGCUUCGAUCGUAUCUUGGAGCUAUCAAUUAUUAUGGGCGUUUCGUCAAGCAGAUGAAGGAGCUGAGAGCACCCAUGGACUACUUGCUGAAACAAAACGUCAAUUGGGAAUGGACUGCAAGCUGCCAGAAGUCAUUCGACAAGUUCAAAACGCUGCUCACUUCCGACUUGUUGCUGACGCACUUCGACCCGAACAAGGAAAUCAUCGUAGCAGGUGAUGCAUCCAAAGACGGCUUGGGCGCUGUUAUUAUGCAUCGCUUCCCGGAUGGAUCAGUGAAGGCAAUUUCGCACAUUUCAAGAUCACUGACCCCUGCAGAGAAAUAUUACGGCCAGAUCGAGAAAGAAGCUUUGUCGCUGAUUUUUGCUGUGACACGAUUUCAUAAAAUGUUGUUCGGCCGGAAAUUUACCUUGCAGACUGAUCACCAACCACUUCUCAAGGUGUUCGGAAGCAAAAAAGGAAUUCCGGUAUACACGGCCAACCGACUUCAACGCUGGGCGCUUACGCUGAUGCUGUACGAUUUCGACAUCCAAUUCGUGCGCACUGAAGAAUUUGGACACGCGGACCUCCUUUCAAGACUGAUGAAAUGCCAUGCGACAGCCGAUGAAGAAUAUGUCAAUGCUUCUGUACAAAUGGAAGCCGAUGUCAACGCCGUUCUCAGUGAUUCUACUUCUAGUAUUCCCGUGACGUCUGAAAUUAUCGCUGCUGAAACAUCAAGAGAUCAUGUUCUCCAAUCGGUGGUGUUCCAUAUCAAUGAAGGAUGGCCCAAGUAUUCCAAGGAAAUUGAUGAUCCAGUUGUUCAACAAUUCUUCACUCGCCGAGACAGUCUGCAGAUCGUUCAAGGUUGCAUCAUGUUCGGCGAUAGAGUCGUUGUGCCAGACCGUUUUCGCAAACGCAUUCUCCACCAACUGCAUCGAGGCCAUCCAGGAAUGGAGCGGAUGAAAUCCCUAGCGAGGAGUUUCGUGCACUGGCCCAACAUCGAUGAUGUCGUCGAAGACUACGUCCGCUGCUGUAGAUCCUGUGCUGAAGCUGCUAAGUCACCACGCAAGACGGACCUGGAGUCGUGGCCCAUUCCAUCGAAGCCGUGGGAACGAGUCCAUAUUGAUUAUGCUGGCCCAAUCAAUGGAUACUACUACUUUCUGGUAAUCGACGCAUAUUCAAAAUGGCCAGAAAUCUAUCGCACUCGAAGCACAAGUACAACAAAGACACUGGAGAUGCUAGACGAGAUAUUUGCAAGAUACGGCAAUCCCAAAACUCUCGUCUCGGAUAAUGGAUCGCAAUUUGUUAGCGCCAGAUUCAAGCAAUUCUGUGAAGAAGCUGGAAUCACCCACUUAACGAUUGCGCCCUACCAUCCACAGUCUAAUGGACAGGCUGAGCGCUUUGUGGACACACUCAAGAGAGGACUCAAGAAGUUACGAGAGGGAGGAAAUCAUCCAGCAACUUUCCGACAUCUUCAAACUUUCCUUUCCGUUUAUCGUUCCGUUAUCACUACUCUCAGUAUUUUCAAGGUUUUAAGGCAGGAGAUACAUCCUCGUUGUGUGCUCCCGUGGCCGAGUGGUGAUCGCAUAAAUUUUGCGCUGCUACUUCGAACGCAAUCAGCGAAUCGAGGCGAUCGUGCUUAG